ACAAGACACAAAGAUCUCGCUUAAAGUGUAUAGUAUAGUUCUUAAAAAGAGAAUUACUCGAGAACAAAACCACUAAUAAGAUUUGUAUAAUUUUAUAUUUUUUACGAUGAAUGUGCAACAGAGACAACUGUUUAAUUCUUCAUAAGUACAAAUGUCCCCGCGCGUGUGGCGAAAGAAAUUGCCCUAAAGAGAAGGAAAAAAUGCUGUUUCAUUUCAAAUAUUUUGUGCUAUGGCUUUUGAAAUGUCUAUAUGCAUUACACUAUACAAAAAAUUAUGUUGAUUAACAUCUACUAGAACUAUUUGAAUGUCAUAUAUCAGCAAGUUUUAUUUUUGUGCGUGCAUGUACAAUAUGUGUGUCGAAGUGUUAAAAUUGUGAAGCCUCCAAGUGAGGAAUCAACUUAAAAUUUAAGUCAUCUUCUGCUAUUGUUCCUUUUGUGGAUUUUAUUUAAAAUCGUUUAUCAAAAGCCACUUGGAACAAUUUUAUUCUGUUGUAAACAAGAGACAGUGUCCGUUACCCUUGCUGAGCUUUGGUGCUACUGUUUACCACGGGAGAAACGGCGGUUAUAAAAAUUGAAGCUUGAAGUGGACAAUAUGUGGGCAAAAAUAGUUAUUCUUCUACUGCUACUCAUUAGACAUGACACAAAUAGUUAACGUGGAAUAUGAAAACCAUAUCGUCCGAUACUUUUUCUUCCACCUCAUUGCAAGCUAAACUGGGCACUAAAAAACCGGAAACAGCCGCCGUAAUUACUGUUAGUAGGAGUAUCAUUAAUAUGGAAACUACAGAUCAUGUUAAUCUCAUUGACGAUGAUGAUGAAAAAGAUCCGCUGGCAUUGGACGUCAACACCAUGCCAGCACGACUACAGCAGCAGACAGAACAACAAGAACUACAUCAAGAACUUAACAAUACGACGUCACCGUGCACUAAGCACACACAUAGCCUGAGGCGUCAUGUUCCACGCAUUAUAGUGAAAGCAUUACCACCUGAGAAAAAGUCAACUGAAAUGGAUCCAUCGACCAUUAGCGGUUUUCCAAUUAUAUCACAGUCAACAGCUAACACAGUCGUGGAGUCCUCUCCUUCACCAGUACGCGGCAUCACAAGUCGACGUAUUCAGCAGCAACAACAAGCCAAAGCUGCUGCAGCAGCCGCAGCGGCAGCCAUAGUAUCUCCAAGUACGUUCGCAUCGAAUACGCAAAUCACCAAAAAGGUGAUCACACAAACGUCCACCAUGCGCGAGGUCCUCGCAUCAAUUCCCGGCUUUAGCGUAAAACCUCGACGGCGAUCUAAUAAAAAGCUUACCACGGCGGCACAAAUCGAACAAACCAAGGAUGGAAAAAUUGAUUUGGAGACACCCGAUUCGAUACUAGCAUCCACAAAUUUACGCGCUUUACUUAAUAAACAGACGUUUUCAUUGCUGCCGCCACUGUAUCAAUACAAUCUUAUACAGUUGCUGCCAAGCGUCGAUCGUGAGGCCAGCGAAGUGGUGGAGUCGCCGGAGAUGCUGGUGGGUGAACAGCCCAGCACAAGCAGUGGAUCAGGAGGUGAUACAUCUGCGACCAUACGCUUGAGCGGUUCAUGCCUGAAUAACGAGUUUUUUGCACGAGCGUGUCUUGAGUGGCGCGAACGAUUAAGUGAAGGAGAAUUCACGCCGGAGCAUCAAAUGAAACUAAGAACUGAAGCGGAGCGUGAAAAAAACAAGCUCGAUCCUUGGAAGCUGAAACACUUUGAACCAUAUUGGGGUGAGAAGAAUGCAAGGCGUAGUAAAGAAUUGAACAACUGCACCAUAGUUAAUAUGACAGAUAAACACGUAGGAAUUGGGUGUGAAAGGCUGACAACUAGCAUGGAGAACAAGCAACAGCCAGUUAAUCCUCUGGUAAAACAUCAAGAAACAUGUGAUAAUGAGACUGAACUGAAAUAUGAAUUGGGCACUAAGUGCAUACCAAUAACAAUGGAUUCAACACAAUCAACAACAAUUAGAAGAAACAGCGUUACUUUUUCAACAGACCAACGUCAUAUUUUAAAACGUCGAUUGAGCAGUCCGUUAAGUAACAAACACAACGAUACAAAAAUAUCAAACCUGGUUUCCUCAAUAGAUCCCAUUGACGGUAAUGAGUGCUAUGACGUUGAUAAUAAUGUGCCUACCAAAUCUAGGGAAACCAAACAGAAGAAAAUUACGCCUGAAAGUGUUCCUAAAGUUUUGGAGAAUUUGGCGCUUUCAGAAGCCACUGAUGGCGUUGUUGAUUAUGAAUCGAGCGAGUUUCAGGCUGCUGACGUGGAUGGGACAACUGCAGUGCAACAAACUCACCAACAGUCACGUAUCAACAGUACCUGUGAUAAAAUUGAAUUCCCCAAGUGCGCAUCCUCCAUCGCUAAAAUAUUAACAUCAAACACGACUUCAACAACAACGGCAGUCCUACAAAAGGUUGAGCAUGUAUCAAAUAACUUUAAUGAUCAUUUUUUGCUGAAUAGCGCCGAAAUCAAAGUAAAAAACAUGGUUUCCCUUUUAAGGGUUAACACCCAUGAUAUUGUGCUUGACCACACAGUAGAUCAUGGUCAAUCAGUAACGAAUAUCGAUGAUUGCGAAAAAACACACAACCAACCGAUCGAACCAUUCACCACUUGCUCUUCAUUAGAAACUAUUACUUCGACAAGUACAAUGCCUUGCUCAAAAAGGGCUGCGCUGCCAAAACCUGCUGCAACAUCAGAUGACACACUUGGCGAUGUACAAUCAAUGCUGACAACGCUGCAACAUCAGCAACAUACAGAGGCAGAACAAACAAUUGACGUGCCGUUAGAGUUAAAUUCGAACGAAAUGUUUCAGCAUGUGCAACAUGAUUGGAACUUUGGUGGUAUAAAAUAUCUUGCACCGACGGGGGCAAGUACAUCGGCAGCCAUUACUGAAGACUACGUGGAACAACAUCAAGACAUGCAUACCGAAAUCAUAAGUACUGAGAAUAUAGACUUAAUGGAAGUCGUGCAGCAAGAUGAUGAUAUAAUGGAUGAUGUGGUAGAAUGCGAUGACGAUGUGGUAGAAUGCAUUGGUAAUGAAGUGCGCGAUCACAAUGAACCCACGCAAGAACAACUUUUGGAUGGUCAUGUGAUGCAUGAUAAGAUAGAUAAUGCUAAUGUACGCAAUAUUGUGGAUAAGUUGCAGCAGCAUCAACAGCAACAAUUGCAAGCUCAAUUGCAAGAUGUGGUGCAUUUGGCGCAGAAUUCUUUUAUGCAACAGCCCCAAAAUGAAUACGCUCAUGAGGUCCCAAUUGACAUUCUAUGCGAUGUUCCCAUGUCGGCUGCCGAUAUGGAGGUUUCCAGCAGUGUGGUUACUAACAGCAGCAACUCAAAUGACAGCAGCAACAAUUUGAGCAUAUGCAGCAGUAGCAGCAAUCUAACAAGCAUUGCCACAACUCUAAGCCAAAUACAACAACUUUCCAAUCAAACGCAGCAGCAACCAGUCCAUCAGUCGCAUCAACAGCAACAACGACAGAUAUUAGUUGAUUCUAAUGGACAGAUUAUUGGAAAUCUUUUAAUACAACAGCAGCAGAGACAGCUACAACAGCAGCAAUUGUUGCAGCAGCUCAGUCUACAAACUGCUGCGCAAUCGCAUCAACAUCAGGCAAGCACGAGCUCUGAAAUGCCUAAAACGCAAGCGACAAUGAGGAAACCAUUAGAAACGAAUAGCAAUAGAACUCACCAAUUUAUGACAUCUAGUUUGCUAGUUCAGCAAGAACAAUUAGAGCAACAACAACAGAUGCAACAACGGCUAUCUGGUCGGAUCGGAGCCACCACAGAAGAGGACGAAACUUCUCUGGAUAAGGAUUGUCACACUUCAACGACAUGGACUAACAAUCAGGCGCAAAUACUCCAACGUCAACUGUUGGCUAGCACCAAUAUGCACCAACAACCUAUAGCAAAUUACCAACAACAGCAAUCAUCCAGCACAACAUCGCAUGCAAGAUUCAUUCCCAAGGCCCUAAACAUAAUAUCAAUGGCUCCUUCUGGAAACACUUGUACUACAGCUACAAUCAGCGAUACUUCUAUGGCGGCAACUAACACUACGACCAAUCUAGCAACAAUUCCGUCCGUCGUCAGUACCUAUUCUCUCGAUCCUAAUGUUUCUGUUGCUUCAACAGCCGACACCGAUUUUAGUGGAGGCGACAGCUUCGGCAUCAUUAACGCUAAUUCACAACAAGCAGCAGCCACAGCAAUGCUCAACAAUCACAACAGCAGUAUGCAAGUCACUGCCAGUGUGAUAUCUGCUUGCGGCGUAGGUACCAUGAAAACGCUAACGUCUUCUGGUGUGCCGACAACCAUAGCUCAGCAGCGCCUACAAUCCAAAAUAUCCACUGGCAAGGGCCGUAAGGUCACAACAAAUCGGUUGCCACCUGGGGCAGUCAAUCUUGAGCGUAGCUAUCAAAUUUGUCAAGCCGUUAUACAGAACAGUCCUAACCGUGAGAAUUUGAAAGGGCAACUACGUCCCCCUGCAGCUAUUUUAAGCCAGCAACAAACAGAUGCGACUACAACAGCUAGCACACCAGUAAGCAGCAGCAAUACCAACUUCACAAUGGCUGUCACGCCCAACGUAACGGCAAGCACCGCCAAUGUAAUUACUUCACAAACUCUAGUUAGACAAGAGGAACUGCUCACUGGAGCUGCGCUUCCUCCAAAUGUCAUGGGCGUUGGCAGGCCAGGUGUAUACAAGGUAAUUGGACCACGAAUGGGAUUUCCUCGCAAGAAAUACGUGGAACGAAAGACUUUGCCAACAUUCAUACGUCCCUUAUUUAGUGGCGUGUCAGGAGCAACAAGUACAGCUACUCCAACACAGUUGCCAACAACCUCUGUGACCCAUGAACAGAUGCUACAUCACAACGGCAGCGGUCAAUAUGUUCUUUUACAUCGUGCUAAUGUAGGCGCUACAGACAAUCAUGCGCCACGCGCUUCCAGUGCUCCACCAAUACAUCAAAAUCAGUAUCCGGCAGUACAAAAUCAGCUGCAAUCUGUUAAUGGCCUAGCAGUGGGCGGACAUGGGCGUCCAGCAUCUGUAGACACAACUACAAUAACGCCAGCGAUUUCGUACGCCAUAACAGAGGCAACCAAGCAUCAGGAGCUACACGAUUCUAUUGGCAAUGUAAACGCGGUUGCGAAUAUUGUGCGGCGCAAUAUCGCUGCAGGCGCAAAUAUCACCUACAUCGAUGGCAGAAACGUGACUGCCAGCCUAAUGGAUACAUCCAACAACUUUAUAGUAACAACGACAGCUCCUUCAACAAAUCUCCAUGGUCCACAACUCCCGCAAACACAACAACCACCACAUUCGCAUCCAAUUCAGAUUUCUCAAAAUAGCGGUGAAAACACGCCACCAACCCAAGAAGCGGUUCCAAACAAUUGCGCCUGCGCUCUAAAUGCUAUGGUUAUUUGCCAGCAGUGUGGAGCAUUUUGUCACGACGAUUGUAUUAGUGCUGCAAAACUUUGCCUUUCGUGUGUGAUCAGAUGAGAGAUGAAAUUUUGAGAUCAGUUUUAAAAUGACGUAUUUUAAUAAUAGCAUAUAAGGAUAUAUUGUAAUCUUAUAAGUUAUUAGUUUAAUAUUAAUAGUUUCCAAGAUUACGAGAUAACUAGGAACACAACAACUAUUAUUAAUGUACAUGAACACAUUUACAAUAUUAAUUACUGUUACUAUUAUGUUAGUAUAGUGAUGAAAUGAUUUUCAAGACGGUCUUGUAAUUUUGAAAUUUCUUAUAUGUAAGAAAAGUAUAUAUUAAAACCUACACAUUGUAUAUUAUAAAACGAUUGGAAGAAAAGUGCAGAGGCUGACGCACGUAAAAAGAAAAAUUUGAACAGAAAUACAGCAAGAUUAACCCCAAGCAUAAAUAUGUAAAUUCCACACUCAAGUUUACCUAAAUCUUAAGUUGAUGCAUGUAUUUCGUACUUUUGCCUGUGAAUAUUCCUGAAAUACUCUUUAAUUUUUGUGAUUUUUAAGGAUAUCGCCUGCAUAUUUAGAAAACAGGAAAAACUCAUUGUAAUUUAUAUCUACAUAAAAUAUUCGCAAUAGAAAA